AUGGUGGACCGACAAAGGAGCGACGGGGCGGACGAGCUGAGAGAACACGACGAUGGGCAGAGCUUGUUGGGCCGCGCCGAUUCAGACGCCGCCACUUGCGGCUGCAUUCCCGUCAUGCGCGCCGUGGCCGCGAGGGAUGUCGCGAGGCAUGCUGGCGCCGGCGGCGGCGCAACAGACGGCGGCGCGAGAGACGGCGAAUCGUCUCACGCUCGGACGCCGGAUCUCGAACCCGCGGUUUCAUCAGAUUGCGAGACGCCGCGAGACGCGGCGGAUGCAGGAGCAGGCAGAGCAUCAGGCAGUUCUGACUCGCCUCGAAGCGCGCGGCUCCCCACUGUUGCCGCGUCCGCGGGUGCGGAUUCACCGCGCGCGCGACCGCAGCCGUUGGAUGAUCCGCCAAGGAACGCCGCGGAGAUCGAUGGCUGCUCUGUGGGCGUCACUCUCGAGCCGCCUUCGCACGACGCAUCGGCUGCCGCGGGGCCGAAGCCGCCCGUGGCGAAGCUUCCUCGAACGUCCAUUGCCGACCUAUCCACCACGGCGUACAGCUACAUCAGCCACCGCGCGUUCGUGCGAGAGCUGCUCUGCUCCUGCUGCUCGCGCCACGCAACCACCUGCGCUGCUCGCACCGGCCGUCACUGUAACGGGUGUGACUGCAGCAGUGGCAGCAGCUCGAGGCACGGCGAUAGCAGCAGCAGCUUGGCGGGAUGGGCGGAGGUGGCUUUGGAUCGAUUGAGCAUCGUGGCGCAUCUGACCACUUUCUCCAUCCUCGGGAUUGCCAUUCAGCACGGCAUGGACCUGCUGUUCGGGCCUGAGGUGGCGCACGUGACGAGCGACGAGCAGGCCAUCUUCAUCGACCUGCCCGCCAACAUGCUGGGCUGCUUCCUGCUGGGCAUGCUAGGGGUGGUGUUCCUGCCGGCGCUGCUCACACACUCGCGGCACCUGGCGAUAGGGCUGGUGGUGGGGCUGUGCGGCAGCAUCUCCACCUGCGCCACGUGGAACCAGCGCAUGCUCGCCAUCGCCACGGCCGGCCUCUGGGUCCGCGCCCUCUUCGGCUACUUCGCAGGGUCCGUGCUGCCCAUCAUCUCCGUCGUUGUGGGGGCAGACACCGCCCACAACCUCCUCUCCCUCCACUCCCACCUCUCAUCCCACUCCUCCUCCACCUCCCCGUCUCUCCUUCCAACCUCCACCCCAACUCCACCUCCCUCCUCCUCUCCUCCCAAUCCUCCCUCCCCCACAAUCUCCCCACCACCACCCGCCCGCCGCCACCUCAUCCCCGUGCUGCUGUGCGCACUCGUCCUCUGGGCGGCGGCCAUCACGGGGGCGGUGCUCGCCGCCGCACACAGCGCCAGCCUGCAGGCCUUCUGCUUCGCCUGUGCGCUCGCCCCCCUCGGCACGUGCCUGCGCUGGUCCCUGCUGCCCCUCAACGGGGCUGGCCUCGGGUUGUGGUUCCAAGGGGCGAGUGGGAGGGGGAAGGGAGCGAGUGGAGAGGCCCGGAGCGGGGGUGGAGGGAAGGGGAAGUGGGAGGAGGGUGUGGGUGCAGCUGCUUGGAUGCCGUGGGGGACUCUUACAGCCAACGUGGGGGCGGCUGCUUUGGAAGCUGCCAUUUCCGUGGCGUAUCUCGCGGUCAAGACACAUGCUUCGCAAGUCAUUGUGGGAGGAGUGCAGCUGGGGUUCCUCACAGGGCUCAGCACAGUGUCCAUGUUCUCCCUCGAGAUUCUCUACUUCCACUACACUCUUGGGACGCCAUGGCGCUCGUACGUGUACAUCCUUAGUACCAUUCUGCCGUCGUUUCUGAUCGGCAUCUUAGUUUACUCUAUCCCUGUCUGGGUUAUGGGGUGGGAUUCACUCUACAACCACGUAUAG